AAGUAAACGGGUCUACUUUUGCCUAAUUAUCUAACCUAACGACUUACCAAAAACCUAACGUCUAUCUUUCCGGUUCGCUGGCCGUCUGUGCCUAAAUUUCAGAGUCAGACGGCGACUUGCGACCCAUAAUCCGAUCCGGUUUUUUUUUAAUUAUAUUUUGUCUCAGCACAAUUCUCUCUUGCUUCAAUUUGGGAUUGCGGAUAAGAUGUGCCGUCAGAAUUCUUGUGCUCAAUUGUCUGUAGAAAAGACGACUGCAGCUGAAGAGAGUCUACUAAUAUAUUGCAAGCCUGUUGAACUGUACAAUAUUCUUCAGCGCCGUGCUUUACACAAUCCUUCAUUUCUUCGAAGAUGUUUGCAUUACAAAUUACAAGCAAGGCGUAAAAGGAGAUUGAAGGCUGGAAUUGUAAUUUUCAACUAUAGAGACUACAACAACAUGCUACAGAAGACUGAAGUAACUGAUGACUUCGCUUGUCCAUUUUGCCUGAUGCAAUGUGCAAGCUUUAAGGGUCUUCGGUAUCAUUUGUGUUCUUCACACGACCUAUUCAACUUUGAGUUUUGGGUAACUGAAGAGUAUCAGGCAGUGAAUGUCUCUGUGAAGAUUGAUAUAUUAAGAUCUGAGACUGUAGCUGCUUCAGUGGAGCCAAAACUGCAAUCAUUUUUGUUUUGCUCAAGGCCACGAAAGCUUAGGCGAAAGGAACUUGAUCAAAAUGAAAAGCUUGUUAAUGUACAGUUCCUGGAGUUGGACUCACCCAGACCAGUCGGGGAACAUAUACAUAAUGGUUUUUUGGAGAAGGAUGAUGAUGUUCAAUCAUGUAAAGGCGAGAUGGUUUCCAAGUCAUUUCCUAGUGUGAAAGAAAUGCAUAAUGGAAGGGUUGGAGGAAACUAUGUUCCUGAUUAUCCUGGUGCUGCUGGGUGCAUAGAGCGUGUUGCAUCCAGUUCUAAUGUUCCUGGCGUUUCAAUUGCCAUGGCUCAAUCUUCUGUUGAUCCUGAAUGCGUUAAAUCAGUAUCUGGAAGUGAUCCUGCAGUCCCUGCCAAAGCAAGGAAAUCAAGCGCUGAGCGGUCAGACCCUAGAAACCGUGUGCUCCUGCAGAAGCGACAGUUCUUUCACUCUCACAGAGUUCAGCCUAUGGCAUUAGAUCAAGUACUUUCAGACCGGGAUAGUGAAGAUGAAGUUGAUGAUGACAUUGCGGAUCUUGAGGAUCGAAGGAUGCUUGAUGACUUUGUAGAUGUUACAAAAGAUGAAAAGAAGCUUAUGCAUCUUUGGAACUCAUUUGUGAGAAAGCAAAGGGUGCUGGCAGAUGGUCAUGUUUCCUGGGCAUGUGAAGCGUUUUCGAAGCUUCAUGGACAAGAACUCAUCUCAUCUCCAGCUCUCUUUUGGUGUUGGAGGUUAUUCAUGAUCAAACUUUGGAAUCAUGGUCUUCUUGAUGCCUGCACAAUGGACAACUGCAGUUUGACUCUUGAAAAAUGCAGAAAUGAGGGAUCAGAUGCUAUGAAAAGCUAAUGAGGAGAUUGUUAGUUUCUUUGGUUCUAAAUCAAAUGGAGAUGAUAUUUCUAGUUACAUUUUUUCUUUCUCGCCCCCUCCUCCCCCCCCCCCCCCCCCCCCCCCCACCAAAAAAAAAAAAGUCUUGCUUAUACGAGAAUCAUCGAUUCAGAAGAAAUGAGAUUCAUAUUCUUUUCAUGGCAGCGAAAGGAACCAGGGCUUCCAUCUCAGUGAUGUAUCCUCUUAAUAAACGAACCUCUGGUUGUUUUAAAUUUGUCGAGGAAAGCGGUCUAGACUUGUGACAAUGGCAUUUCCAACCCAUGGGAUGUAUAAUCACACCCUAAUCUUAGCAUUUCUUUCUUCUUAUAAAUUAGUUGUAAAGUAUUGAGUUAUACCUGACCCUUAUUUUUUUUCUUUUUAUUUUGAUAUCUCCUUUCAAGCUGCAAUUGGAUCAAACAUUUGAAUUAUCAUGAUAUUUAGACUGGCUCUGUAUGGUUUCUACAGGCACAUCAUGUUGAUGAGAUCUUUCUUAAAUCAUUAUAUUACUGCGCCUUUUUGUGUA